GUCGGUAGUUCCAGUGGAUUGUGAGGUCGAAGGUCUUAGGUUAAAAAUAUGUCGGAAGACGGAGCGGACAUGGAUAUUGAUAAUCAAAGUGAAGACGGAGAAAUCAAGAAAAGUCCAUCGAAAGAUAUGGAUGACUUCAGUUUUUCAGAAGAAGAUGGCGGAGAUACAGCUGAUUCCUUGGAUAUAAAACCACCACAGGCCGUAAUUCGGCAUAGAAAAUCAGGAUCUUCUCAUAGAAGAGAGAAACACAAUGAAAGAAGGGAUCGUCGCGAGGAAAAAGAACGCAAGUCGCGUCAUCAUGAUCGUGCAGAAGAUAGACAUAGGGACAAACAUAGACAUCGUAGACAUGGUAUGGAUCCAUUGGACAGAUCAGAGAGAUCAGAAGGUUCUAAAAGGGAAAGAGAAAGAAUGGAACGAUUAGAGAGAAUGGAGAGCCAUUCUAGGGAUAGAGAAUCAAGACAUGAGAGAAAGGAACGUUCUACGGGUGAUAGAGUAUUAGAAGAUUUAAGGGAAAGAUUGUUGGAUAAGAGAAGAGAAAGAAGAGAGGAUCCUCGUGAAUUACGUGAAUAUAAAGUUGAAUCUCGACGAGAAAUACGCUUAGAGGAUUCUCGUGAAAUUCGUGAUUCUCGAGAUCGCCGAGAAGUACGAAUAGAAGAAAUACGUGAACGUCGUGAUAUGCGAGCUAUCGAUGAUGGAGGUAGUCGCCGUGAUAUUCGAAUGGAAGAACGCAGGCAAAUUCGAGUUUUAGAAGAGCAAUAUUCUGAAGCAGAUUUGAUGGAAAGAACUGAGAGGAGUGAGAAGCGACACAAGAGGUCUCAUAAACAUGAUAGAUUCCGUGACAGAGAAAGAGAAAAAGUUGAACGAGAGAAAGAACAUAGAGAGAAACAAUUACGAGAAGCAAUGGAAAUUGUGAAUACAGAGAUAGAAGUCGAUGAAAUGGAGGUCAAUGAAAUUCAAAUACAUCCAAAAGAACCAAAGGAAAUGACAGAGCAAGAACUUAGAAAAGAAAGAUUAUUGGAAGCAGAUAGAGAAAUGGCUAGAAGAAAAGAAGUUUCACGUCUAGAAUUAGAAGCUAGAAGAUUGAAACGAGGUGAAAAGCGACCAUUAAGUCCUGAAACUUGUCAAGACCCAUCUAUCGUUGAGUUAUCAGAUGAAAGUCCUAGUCCAGCGCAAUCCGAUGAAGGACGUUCAAAGUCGGUCGAAUCCAGGCAUUCUUCGGACGGACAAAGAAGUAUACACGAGAGAUCAUCAGACAGACAUUCUUCUGAUUCUUCGGAUUCUAGUAGCGACGAGGACGAUGAGUCAAAUGAAUCAAACAAGGGUUCUAAUGGUGAUUCUAACGAUGGAUCUGAUUAUAAUAAUCCGAGUCCAUUGUCUGUAGAACGUUUAGCAAAGUCUGAUCAUUCGGACGGAGAUUCACCUGGUCAUGUGGAUCCGAAUGGUACUGCCAAGAAUGCAGAGGAAGAAGAGGAAGAGGAGGAAAAGAAAAACGAAGAACCUGAAUUACCUCCAUAUUUACCGGCCAUUCAAGGUUGUAGAAGCGUUGAGGAAUUUCAAUGCUUAAAUCGUAUAGAAGAAGGUACGUAUGGUGUUGUAUACAGAGCACGCGAUAAACGAACGGAUGAAAUCGUUGCAUUAAAAAGAUUAAAAAUGGAGAAAGAAAAGGAAGGAUUUCCUAUUACCAGUUUAAGAGAAAUUAAUACUCUAUUGAAGGCACAGCAUCCUAAUAUCGUAACUGUGCGAGAAAUAGUUGUUGGUAGUAACAUGGAUAAGAUAUUUAUAGUUAUGGAUUAUGUAGAGCACGAUCUAAAGUCACUGAUAGAAACAAUAAAGCAGAAGAAACAAGUUUUUAUACCUGGUGAGGUAAAGUGUCUUAUGGAACAAUUAUUACGUGCGGUAGCACACUUACACGAUAAUUGGAUUCUUCAUCGAGAUUUAAAAACAUCAAAUUUAUUAUUAAGUCAUCGAGGUAUUCUAAAAGUUGGUGAUUUUGGUUUAGCUCGUGAAUAUGGUUCUCCAUUGCGACAAUACACACCAGUUGUAGUGACACUUUGGUAUAGAGCACCAGAAUUAUUGUUAGGUGGAAAUGAGUAUAGUACACCCAUUGAUAUGUGGUCCGUAGGAUGUAUUUUUGCGGAAUUACUGAGGAUGGAAGCUCUCUUUUCUGGAAAAUCGGAAAUUGAUCAAUUGAAUAAGAUAUUUAAGGAAUUGGGUACACCAAGUGAUCGUAUUUGGCCAGGAUAUAGUAAAUUACCAAUGGUUCAAAAAAUUCCAUUUGCCCAUUAUCCUGUAAAUAAUUUAAAACAAAGAUUUAGUUUGUCUCUUUCGGAUCUAGGGAUUGAAUUAUUAAACAAAUUUUUGACGUAUGAUCCACAACAACGGAUAACAGCCGAGGAUGCAUUGAAACACCCCUAUUUCACGGAAGCACCCUUACCAAUCGCACCAGAAAUGUUUCCCACUUGGCCUGCUAAAUCAGAAUUAGGGCAAAGAACAGCAAAUGCAUCACCCAAACCACCUAGUGGUGGAAAAGAAUACAAACAGUUGGGAGAUGGUGACGAUGCUGAUCUAAGUAAUUCAGGCUUUCACAUGGGAUUGAUGGAUGGUGGAAGACAACCACCUGUUGGAGGUGGUUUCCAUUUAAAGUUCUAACAAUUCUGACGAAUUUUUCGUUGAUAAGAAAAUAAAUAUAAUUUCUUGAUAUAUACAUAUAUAUAUAUAUAUAUAUAUAUAUAUAUACACACACACACAUAUAUAUAUAUAUAUAUAUAUAUAUAUAUAUAUAUAUAUGUAUAUAUAUAUCUACAAAUAAAUUCGUCAAGAUAUUGGAGGGUAAUUUAUAAAAAAAGAAGAGUUUUUUACAUAAUGGCGCAAUAGACAAUGCUAUGUCUAUCUAUGGUCUCGACGAUUCAAAAAUGAUUAUUUUCAUAUAGUUGUGUAACAACAUGGGUAACAACAUAUACAUUUAAGACUUCUGUUUACUGCAAGCAUUGUUCAUAUUUUUUGGAAGACCCAGUAAAGUAUUGAUAAUCUCGGAGUUACGUUUUGGAUAGCAAAGCCGUGGCGAUGCCAUUAACAAUCUAGCAAGUUGCAGUUCAUUGUCCUGCGAGAAAAAAAUCAAUUUUAAACAUGUCUCCUGUUUUUGAACGACGAAGACGUCUUUUUACGUAAAUGCAUUAGAGUGCUUCUAAUUUCUUUCUUUCGUGUAUGGAAGAUAAAUAUGACAGAUUAUAGAUAAAAAUAAAUUUAUUAUUUCGAUGAGGUAUACCUCCGUUAGUUUUCAGUGGAUAGAAAAAUGAGAUAUGUUGUAAGAAGUUAAAGAAAAAAAAAAAAAAAAAUAAUGAAAAUCUAUUAACUUUUGAAUUCUCUAAUCGAUAUUACCAAACUAUUCGAACCUAUUAAAAAUAUUUAGCUAACAUAGACAAUCUCAUUAUAUAUUGAUGCGAUAGCCAAUAAAUUAACAAGAACGAUUGACGACCUAAUUCCACAUUUUUACGAAUGUAAAAAUAUUUAUUAAUGAGAUAGUUAACUUUUCGAUUAUCUAUUGGAUUCAUUAGUAUAUAUGUUAUUCGUGAUGGAAAAAUAUAGGAAGAAAAUUCAUGAUUGAUCAAUAAGCAGAGAUAGAGAUCCUUUGUCUCAAGGCAACGCUUCUCUUUUCUAAGGACGACAAUAUAUAUUCUGGUACAUAUGAAAAGAAUAAAUAAUAAAGAAAGAAUGAAUGAGGGAGAGAGAGAGAAACAAUAAAAUAAAAAACAAUCUUAGAAAGGGCGAGGACAGAAGAAAUAGAAAAAUAGAAAGAAGAGAAUCCAUACGCCAUGAGGGUCCAUAUGCGAGAUAGAAAUCCCGAAACAUGGGUUGGGGACCUGGGUCACUAACCCACGAACCAGAAAAGUUGCUUAGCUCGACAUCCUGUCCUUGAACCGUUCUUAAAACCCUCCAAAAUGGUAGUGGAAGGCACGAUCGGAUCAUAGCGAGGAUUAGAUCUUUGCCACGUCGAAGUGUGUUGAAUGUAUAUCUCAUCAACAGUCUUUUGUUCAAUUUCAUUGAACUCUGGGAAUAUUUCUUGGAAGAAUGAGAAAUGAAAAAUAUUUUUUUUUUUUAAAUACAAACUAUUAAUUAUGACUUUCUAAUGGGUCGAUUUUUCAAACGUUCUAAAACAUCGAUCUAAUCUUCUAACUCAUUUUUCCUUUUUUUUUUAUCUUUUCAUCUGCAUAUCAUUAGUAGGUGGAGAUACAGCUUUUAAAGGAGAGAAGUGCUUAAUUUACAACAGAAUAGAAAAAUAGAAAGAUUUUUUACAUGUCAAAUGUAUUGCCGAAAUUUUUAAGCGAUUAUACAAUACAAUCGUUUAAAUUA